AUGAACAAACAGUCCACCACCAUGAGAACCAGACGCACCUCCACAAGAAGACAACGCACGUCUCGACGGAGUGACCAAUGCAGAUCGAUGCGUGCCACCACGACGGAGAGACCAAUGUCGCGACGAACCACUUUGUACCACCAGGUAGCGGCUCAAACGUCGUUUCUCCACCGCUGCGAACAAUACGCGAACAACCACCGCAACACAUUCUGUCGAUAUCGCACCACCAUGAGCAAACCAUUAUUGGUGACCGGCGUGAGUGCGAAUGACCUAGAAACCCUUAAUUCAGGAAUGCGACCGGAAUUGUUGCAGAAAGGGGUUUCAAAAUUUGGGUUCGGCCAGAGGGUUCAAAAGAUCCGAACGAUUGUCGACCACCAGAUCCGCUGGUAUGCAAUAUUCACCCUAGCCCACAAGCACAAAUACUCGGCGCGGAAUAUAAUCCCCAAAUACUCCAAAGACUCAAAUAUAGUCAAUCAAGAAGGUGGUAAGACCCAUGCAGAGUUUCCCAAUAGCAUAGAGCUUGGGAAGCUCCCACCCGAUCAAGAUCCGAGCAAUAUAUAA